AUCAAAACCAACUCUCUCUACACACUUUUUCAGAUUCCAUCAUCACUUGUUCUUUUCACACCCAAUAAAAACUUGCAUCUUUCUUCUAAAUUGUUGAUGAUCGCUUCUCAUAUUUGACCCUAGAGGUUCGUACUUUUCUCUCUUUUCACUAAAGUUUCGAUUUUUUUCCCCAAUUUUUAGCCCCAGAAUUGAUUCAGAGUGAAGAGAUUUCAAAUUGGUUUCAUAAAGUUUGCAUCUUUUAGAGGUUUUGAUCUGUGUUUCUUGAUUUAGAGUCAGAUUUUGUGUUUGGUACGAAUCAAAGGCUUGAGCUUUUGGUUUGAUGGUUGUAGAAAUUGAAUAAAGAUCUGUUCUUGAAUCCUUUUGAUACUGAUUAGUGUUAAUUUGAAUUAAAGCUUUGUGCUUUGGUUUCGAUUUGCUAAGCUUUAGAGUUAAUUUCUGUUUCUGGAUCAUAAUAUGAGACCUUCAAGUCUCUUGCUUGCUCAUACUAAUCAUAGAUUGUCAUUGAAAUCUAUGUGCUUUGGUUGGAAUGUCUUGAAGUUUUCAUAUGUUGUGAGCUAAUAGCCCUUAAUGGUGUUUUUCAGACAACAUCAUUUCUACCGACAAAGAUUUGAUAUCGAAUCCAACAAGUGAAAGAUGGGUCUAUCAAGUCUUCCUGGUCCAUCAGAAGGAAUGUUAUGUGUGAUAUUAGUUAAUACAGCAUUAUCGAUCUCCAUUGUCAAAGGCAUUGUAAGAUCAUUCCUUGGCAUAGUAGGAAUCAGUCUCUCGCCGUCUUCAUCCUCGCCUUCUUCGGUGACGGUAUCUUCAGAGAAUUCAUCAACUUCAGAGUCAUUUGAUUUCCGGGUCUGCCAACCAGAGAGUUACCUUGAGGAGUUCAGGAACCGGACUCCGACACUGAGGUUUGAGAGCUUGUGCAGGUGCAAGAAACAGGCAGACAAUGAGUGUUCUGUGUGUUUGUCGAAAUUCCAAGGGGAUUCAGAGAUCAACAAGCUCAAGUGCGGCCAUUUGUUUCACAAAACAUGCUUGGAGAAAUGGAUAGACUAUUGGAACAUCACUUGCCCAUUGUGUAGGACUCCUCUUGUUGUUGUGCCAGAAGACCAUCAGCUUUCUUCUAAUGUUUGGUGACUGCUUUUCACUGUAUAGGUUUUUUGUUUGAGUGUGUUUGUUGUGUACAGCUACUUUUACUAUGAAUUAGGUUGCAUCGCGGUUGAUUCUCGAGCAGAUUUAAACCGGGGAUGGGAUAAUCUGAUGUACAUAUAUAUAUAUACCCAUGUGUAUGGAGCUCUUGUUUGAACACAGUUUUCUUGAAUC